GUGAAGAUGUCGACGCAAAUUCUUCCAUACCCCAUUCGCCUGCCUUCGUAUGAGGAGCUCGCCCGUGCAGCCGACAUCGACGGGCUGUUUUCUCGCCCAUACCAGCCAACUUCGAGGCCGAUGAAGGGCCCGGGUGUGGUGUUGCCGCCUUUGAAAGUGCCUUCACACCCUCUGAGGAAACAAGAGGGCCCCAGCGGAGGAGUCCAUGACCGCUUCCUUGACUUGGCGCGCCACUGUCCCGCUGCGCCGCCGGCCAAAGAGUGGACCACGCCGUACUCUCCAAUUUGCCGUCCCAGCCCCGCGUCGCUUGUUGCGCCCGUGACACCCGUGACGACCGCGCUGCCGCCGCCCAUCAUCUCUGCCCCCUCACCACAUCCGCCUCCCAUCCGCGCUCGCCACCCACAACUUGAAAACGCGCUACCCCCGCAACAACCACAACACGACACGCUCGACACCCGGCCACAGCCGCUCAUCUUCAGCCUCGCGCUCCGGCCCGGCAUGCCUGCUGGCCGGACGAAGAAGCAGGCGCUUUCGUGCUUUUUUUGUCGCGAGCGCAAGAUUGCGUGUGGGAGACCGGAGGACGGAGGUGUCGAUGGACGGUGCAAUCAGUGUGCCCGGCGGAAGAUCGCGUGUACUUACCCGACUGUGUCGCACCGUGGACAGCAUUCGCGGUUGAAGAGCGCUCAGGCUGCGCGGAGUAAUCGGAGCCAUAAGGGGGCCGGACCCGAGAUGGACUCGGAGUCUAUGUCUUUAUCCCCCUCACCGGAGCGCACAUCGAGCCCGCUGUCUGCCUCCCCGCGUGACUCGUAUGCUGGCGUGACGCUGUUCUCUGUGCAACGCCAGGCGCGAUAUGGGCAUGGGAACAGGAUGUCAUGA